CCCGGGACACUAAUUCUGUGUCUCUGACUGCAGGGGGAGAAGAUGUCGCUUGUGGAAGGGCCUCUAAAUGUGCUCGGCCAGAGAACCACUGGCGAGUCUGUCCGCACUCAGAAUGUUAUGGCAGCAUCCUCCAUCGCCAACAUUGUGAAGAGUUCCCUUGGUCCUGUUGGUCUGGAUAAAAUGUUGGUGGAUGAUAUUGGUGAUGUAACCAUUACUAAUGAUGGAGCAACUAUUCUGAAGCUCCUGGAGGUUGAGCACCCUGCUGCCAAGGUGCUUUGUGAGUUGGCUGAUCUACAGGAUAAGGAAGUGGGAGAUGGAACCACUUCAGUGGUGAUCAUUGCUGCUGAGUUGUUAAAGAGUGCAGACGAACUUGUAAAACAAAAAAUUCAUCCCACUUCUGUAAUUGGUGGAUAUCGUCUUGCAUGCAAAGAAGCGGUACGAUACAUCAAUGAAAACAUGACCAUUAACACAGAUGAACUGGGAAGAGAGUGCCUCAUCAAUGCAGCUAAAACCUCUAUGUCCUCCAAAAUCAUUGGCUGCGAUGCUGACUUUUUUGCCAAUAUGGUGGUCGAUGCUGCACUUGCGGUUAAAUUCACAGAUGGAAAGGGACUGGCUCGCUACCCAAUCAACUCUGUCAAUGUGUUGAAAGCACAUGGACGCAGCCAGAAAGAGAGUUUCCUUGUAAAUGGAUAUGCAGUUAAUUGCACUGUUGGCUCACAAGAAAUGGUCAAGCGUGUAGCCAACGCAAAGAUUGCCUGCUUGGAUUUCAGCCUGCAGAAGACUAAAAUGAAGCUAGGUGUCCAAGUAGUUAUCAGUGACCCAGAAAAACUGGACCAGAUCAGACAAAGAGAGUCUGAUAUUACAAAGGAGAGAGUACAAAAGAUUCUGUCCACUGGUGCCAAUGUUAUCCUGACCACUGGUGGCAUCGAUGACAUGUGCCUUAAGUACUUUGUCGAUGCAGGGGCCAUGGCUGUGCGAAGAGUUGCGAAGAGGGACCUGAAGCGCAUUGCUAAAGCAUCCGGAGCCACCAUAUGCUCUACACUGUGUAACCUCGAGGCAGAGGAGAGUUUUGAAGCAACAUUAUUGGGACAAGCUGAGGAGGUUGUUCAGGAAAGAAUAUGUGAUGAUGAACUCAUACUUAUCAAGAACACCAAGGCUCGUACAUCUGCCUCCAUUAUCCUGCGUGGCGCCAAUGACUUCAUGUGUGAUGAAAUGGAGCGCUCUCUGCAUGAUGCUCUCUGUGUUGUUAAGAGAGUGCUAGAGUCCAAGUCUGUAGUUCCAGGGGGUGGUGCAGUGGAAGCCGCCCUCUCAAUCUACCUUGAGAACUAUGCGACUAGCAUGGGUUCCCGUGAGCAGCUGGCAAUAGCUGAAUUUGCCAGGUCUCUGUUGGUUAUUCCCAAGACAUUGGCAGUUAAUGCUGCUCAGGAUUCGACAGAUCUAGUUGCCAAGUUGCGUGCUUUCCACAAUGAAGCCCAGGUCAACCCAGAACGUAAAAAUCUGAAAUGGAUUGGUCUGGACUUGGUCAAUGGAAAACCCAGAGACAACAAGCAAGCUGGUGUCUAUGAACCAACUAUGGUGAAAACCAAAAGUCUCAAGUUUGCAACAGAGGCUGCAAUUACUAUUCUGAGAAUCGAUGACCUCAUCAAGCUGUUCCCAGAACAAAAGGAUGAUGGAAAGUCUUACCAGGAAGCAGUUCAGAGUGGGUCGCUUGCAGGCUGAGGUGUACCAACACUAGGCUAGUCAACUGUUAGUACUAUAAUUUAUACAAAUGUUACCAUGUGUUUGUAGUUCAUUUGAUAUUUCUCAAACUUUUACUUGAUCAGGUGCUUUAUGUGUCUGAAAAGUAGAAUAUUGGACAGUCAAAUAAAAACACAAAACAUUAA